AUGUCAUCCAACAGCAACCCAGGCACUUUUGCAAACCGUCCACGCGAAGAGGUUCAGGAUAUCGCGUCCAAGGCCGGCUCUGCAGGUGACAAAGUCGUGGGCCACGGUCAGACCGCUGCAGGGGGACAUACCGGUACCUUGUCUAACAGGCCCCAUGAAGAAGUGUCUGAGAUGGCUAGUAAGGGAGGCCGCAGCUCCAACCAGCAGAGCAGCUCUGUUGAAGAUGACGAGGCGUACACCCAGUCAAGCUGA